AUGUUUUGCCUCCGUCAACUGUUUAAACCCGCACUUAAGAAAUAUUUGACCACACAAACCCAUCAAUUCAAACACUCGAUCUCCACAGCGGCAUCGGAGUUCAUGUGCGUUUCGGAGGAAGUCAGAGAAGCAGUAUCGUCAGGUCGCGCAGUAGUUGCACUAGAGAGCACUAUCCUAACCCAUGGUUUACCUCCUGAACGAGCUCUGAAACUCGCUGCUGAUGCGGAGGCAACUCUAAGGUCUAAUGGAGCAAUUCCAGCAACAAUUGCCAUCAUGGACUCACGUAUCCGUGUUGGUCUCUCAUCAGUUGACAUUGAACGCCUAAUUGAUGCCUCCGUCAAAGGCAAUGCCAAAAAAGUCGCAAUUCGUGAUCUCCCAUUCGCUCUUAAUUGUAAGGACUCUGGACGAGUCUUUGGUACCACUGUCUCUGCCACGUCAUUUGCUGCCAACCUAUCAGGCGUUCGUGUGUUCGCUACCGGUGGCACGGGUGGUGUACACCGUGGAGCUGAGAUAAGUAUGGAUGUCUCAUCAGAUCUUCUAGCUCUACAAUCUCUUCCUGUUGCUGUUGUAUCAGCUGGUGUGAAAUCCAUCUUGGACAUUCCAAAGACACUUGAAGUGCUAGAAGCAAAGGGAGUGACGAUCGCAAGUGUUGGUACCGAUAUAUUUCCGGCAUUCUUUACAAGAAAUUCCGGUUGCAAAUCUCCUGGAAGAGUUGACACUCCAGAAGAAGCUGCGAAACUCUUUGCAACUUCACUGGCUAUUCGCCCCACUUCUGGAAUGCUCCUCGCCGUACCAAUUCCAGAGAACAUGCAAGCUGUGGGGGAGGCAAUAGCCCAAGCCAUCGAACAGGCACAUAUCGAAUCAAUACAGGCCAAUAUUUCAGGAGCUGAUGUUACCCCCUUUAUGCUCGAAAGGGUCCGGCAACUCACAGGUGACGCAUCCCUAGAAGCUAACGUCCAUCUCGUUUUAAACAACGCCAAGUUCGCAGCUCAGACGGCUGUUAGACUAGCGGGAAUUUUAAACGACCCUUCAGGUAAUCGGAACAGAACCUCGAAGAAGCACAGUCCUCAGAUUAUCAUUGUUGGUGGAUCGAACGUAGACAUGGCGAUGAAGCUGAAACCAGAGAAGUUGAAGACUACUAAAGAUAUCUACCCUCCAGCGAGUUACCCUGGAACUCUUGAAACAUUAGGAGGAGGCGGCGUUGGUCGAAAUGUUGCCGAAGCUGUUGGAAGACUCUCUCCAUCCCAUCUUUUUCUGACCGCUGUUUCUAACGACUUCGAUGGGAAGAAUUUGUUUGAACAGCACCCAUUUAUCUCUUGGAAGACUGCUCCUGCACCUCUCUCCUCAUCACGCACUGCAAAAUAUAUUGGAGUUCUCAAUCCAACUGGUGAGCUGUUAUUUGGCGUUGCUGACAUGGACAUUCAUAAGCAAGUGACCGCAGAUUUUGUUGAAAGUGAAUUACAAAAUAUUGAACCUCCCAAUCUCAAGGUUAUUUUCUCUGAUGGAAAUGUGAAUGUGGAGACCUUGGAAAAAUUGGUUUCAUUGGCACAAUCUCACAAAGUUCCAUUCUGGUAUGAGCCGACAGACCUGCACAAAUGCACAAAGAUUAUAGAUGCAAUUAAACAUGAUUGCACUAUUGAUGCGAUAUCUCCAAAUCUGACAGAACUCAAAGCGAUAUUUGAGAGAGUUGUUGGAAAGAAGAUUGAAGUGGAUCCAACAUCCACUAGUUCAUUAACUAACUGUGUCGGUGAAAUGAAGAAGAAUUUGUUGAGUCUAGCAACCAAUUGGAUAGUAAAAAUGGGGAGACAUGGAGUCAUAUUUGUUAACCAAGACAUGUCCUAUCACUUCACCUCUCCAGUCGUGGACCAAGCCUCAAUAGCAAGCGUUUCCGGUGCAGGAGAUACCUCAGUUGGAGUAAUGAUCUACCUUCAUUACAUGAAAAAUUGGCCGUGGAAGAAAACUCUGAUUGGCGGAAUGAGAGCUGCAGAGCUUUCAUUGGGUUGUAAGAAUCCUGUUCCUGAUACCCUUAGCGUCUCUAUAUUCGAAAAUGAGCAUGAAUUGGAGAGAUGGUCCGAGAAGAUUAAAAUAAGAGAAAUCUGA